UGCACAGCGCACGAUGUUUGUUUUUCUGUCGCUGCAGGUCAAUCGAUUAACAACAAUGGAGCCAUAUAGAUCUUGAUAGAUUUAUUAAUGUAGUUUGCUUCAUCUCAAAGCAACAGCCAACGACAAAAAAGCACGCCGAAAAAACGCGUCAUUAUUUCUCUGCGGGACAAAUCCACAUUGGCGACUACGGAAAAUUUGUAUCACCGUUCCGCCGAAGAAGAUCAUAACUUCAAUACGUGAAGUAUGGAGCACCUGGCUGUACCAGCUCUUUUCUUGCUGUAAGGCAUGUUCCACUCAGGAACUUACAAUAUCAGGAUCCUGCAGUGAUUUAAGUAAAUUAAUUAUUAUGACAAUCAACAUUUUUUUCUGCUGUGCAGAGUCAACAAAGUCCUUUUAAAUUGAAUUAGACACUCCCCCCACAACUUCCCUUGCAGAGUGAGAAGAUCUGUUUAGCACAAUUAAUAAAGUUGUGUACAUAACAUAUCUGUGGAGAUGCUCCAAGUUCCAUGUUUCACGCUGGGCAGAAUUCUUCUUUUGCUUAUGGUAACUCUACAAUCGAUUUCUUCAUGCCCCAAGAUAUGCCAUUGCACUGAGAAAAAUGGAAUGAAAACUGUUCAUUGUACAUCCCGCAACUUGGAAACAAUACCUACAGACCUGCCAAAAGAUACUGUCUCUUUGCUCUUGGACUCGAACAAAAUCACAAAAAUACCAAACAAUGCAUUCAAGGACCUUUACCAUCUUCAAGAACUGGACUUAUCAAAGAAUGCUAUUGAGACAGUUGAUACCAGCGCAUUCAAAGGUGUGGCAGAAGGGCUUCAUCUGCUUGAUCUGUCACACAACCUCAUUCAGAGUGUCCCCAAAGAGGCCUUCACCAAAUUAAAGGGUAAGAUCCGCCUUGCAAAUAACCCAUGGCACUGUGAGUGCUCAUUACAGGAGGUGCUACGGGAGCUCAAGCUUGACCCAGAAACUGUCAAUGAGAUCAGUUGCCAGACUUCAGUGCAAGAGGAGUAUGUGGGAAAGCCCUUGAUCCAGGUCCUGGACUCUGGCAUUAACUUUUGCAAUUUUCACCAUAAGACAACUGAUGUGGCAAUGUUUGUAACCAUGUUUGGCUGGUUCACAAUGGUAAUUUCAUAUAUUGUAUAUUAUGUAAGGCACAAUCAGGAAGAUGCCAGGCGGCACCUGGAAUACUUGAAGUCACUUCCUAGCACCCAAAUUUCAAAGGACUUUGAUACGAUUAGCACAGUUCUAUAAUAAGGAUUUUUUUAAAUUCAUAAAGCACUGCCCACAGUUUGCCUUUAUAGAAGAUCAGAAUAUAAGAAUGCAAUAUGAAUGUGAACCUGGCAUAUUUAAGAUAACUAUGAUAUUCAGGUACAGGACUAGGUUCUGCUUUUCACCCGAUGCUGCUCAAAUUCUGAAAAAAGCGUUCCAAAAAUGGAUGAUUCUUUAAUACGAAGAGUAUAAAUAGAAAAACUGUAGAGGCAUCUAGCGUAACAGAUUUCUACUGAGAGAUACCCCCUAUUGUAGAACACAAAUACAAAUAUAUAAUAGCAUAAAAGAAGAUUUGACAAGAAUAACCUUUUAGCACAUAGCUCAUAUUUUCAUACUUGUCAAUUAUUUCAAAAAUAUUGCUGAUAGGAAGGAGAACACACAGUUCCAGUAACAAGACAUUCCUUCAGUUUGCCCAAGAGGGAUUCAGAGCAGAGUGGCAGUGGCAUCACUGCAAAACUUGUGACCGGCUAAUACACUCUCACUUUUAAAUUGGGGGUAGGGAGGUGGGGUAUAUGCAAGUCUGUUGUGAUGUCUAAUUAC